GAGUUUGAGGGACCAUUUGCAUUUAAGUUGGCAUGCCAGGUCCAACUUCUAAAAUGCUGGGAGGGGGUUCUCUUUCAUUUGGACAAAACAGUGGGAUGGAACUCCUUGGUGUGCAGGAUCUGGGGUACUUCGGAUGAUUUAAGGCUACAGACUACACACAAAACUAUACUGACGCCCACGCAGGAAAAAGGAAGCACCUUUUGUCAGAUGCUGUGGCCACUUCCUCUUCAGAAGGCUCCAGCCAACCUUUCGGUUUGCAGAAUGACGGGGCCCGCCGCGGUGCCGGACUGCCUGUGCACGGGGCCACCGACUGCAGCCUGGGUUUUAUUCUUGGCCUGGCCCUGACCGGGAGCUGGCCCCUCGGCUGCUUCUCUGGCUCGGGGGGGACUUUCUCUGGCUCAGAUCCGGACCCCUGAACUGGACCUGGUUGUCGUCCCCCCGCUUCUCAGCCCCCUCUGGGGUUCCUCUCUCCUCUCCGCCCACUCUUUGCUCACUGCCCCAUGUCCCUCGGUCAGUCGGCCUGUCUGUUCCUCUCUGUAGCUCGGUCAAGGAGUGUGAUGACUGGCGAGCAGAUGGCUGCCUUCCAUCCAUCGUCCACCCCCAACCCGCUGGAGAGGCCCAUCAAGAUGGGCUGGCUGAAGAAGCAGAGGUCCAUCGUGAAGAACUGGCAGCAGAGGUACUUUGUGCUGAGGGCGCAGCAGCUCUACUACUACAAGGAUGAAGAGGACACGAAGCCCCAGGGCUGCAUGUAUCUACCAGGAUGUACAAUCAAGGAGAUCGCCACAAACCCAGAAGAAGCUGGGAAGUUUGUCUUUGAAAUCAUUCCAGCCUCAUGGGACCAGAAUCGCAUGGGACAGGACUCCUAUGUCCUCAUGGCCAGCUCUCAGGCGGAGAUGGAGGAGUGGGUUAAAUUCCUCAGGAGAGUUGCUGGCACACCCUGUGGAGCAGUGUUUGGCCAGCGCUUGGAUGAGACUGUGGCCUAUGAACAGAAAUUCGGCCCCCAUCUGGUGCCCAUCCUGGUGGAGAAAUGUGCAGAGUUCAUCCUGGAGCACGGCCGGAAUGAAGAGGGCAUCUUCCGUCUGCCUGGGCAGGACAACCUGGUGAAGCAGCUGAGAGACGCUUUUGAUGCUGGGGAGCGGCCCUCCUUUGACAGAGACACAGAUGUGCACACUGUGGCUUCCCUGUUAAAGCUCUACCUCCGAGACCUCCCAGAGCCCGUGGUUCCCUGGAGCCAGUAUGAAGGGUUCCUGCUCUGUGGGCAGCUCACGAAUGCGGACGAGGCAAAGGCUCAGCAGGAGUUGAUGAAGCAGCUCUCCAUCCUUCCUCGUGACAACUAUAGUCUCCUGAGCUACAUCUGCAGGUUCCUACAUGAAAUACAGCUGAACUGUGCUGUUAACAAGAUGAGUGUGGACAACCUGGCUACUGUGAUUGGUGUGAAUCUCAUCAGGUCGAAGGUCGAAGACCCUGCCGUGAUCAUGAGAGGGACUCCUCAGAUCCAAAGAGUGAUGACUAUGAUGAUCAGAGACCAUGAAGUCCUCUUCCCCAAGUCCAAGGAUAUACCCCUGUCACCCCCUGCCCAGAAAAAUGACCCCAAGAAAGCUCCAGUGGCCCGGAGCUCUGUAGGCUGGGAUGCGACUGAAGACCUCCGAAUUUCUAGGACAGACAGCUUCAGUAGCAUGACAAGCGACUCUGAUACAACCAGCCCCACCGGACAGCAGCCGAGCGAUGCGUUUCCAGAGGACAGCAGCAAAGUACCCAGGGAAAAGCCAGGAGACUGGAAAAUGCAAUCUCGUAAAAGGACUCAAACACUCCCUAACCGGAAAUGUUUCUUGACAUCAGCUUUUCAGGGUGCCAACAGCAGCAAAAUGGAGAUCUUUAAAAAUGAAUUCUGGUCGCCUUCCUCAGAGGCUAAGGCAGGGGAAGGGCACAGGAGAACGAUGUCUCAAGACUUGCGCCAACUUUCUGACUCCCAACGGACUUCCACCUACGAUAACGUCCCUUCCCUGCCAGGGUCCCCUGGGGAGGAAGCCACUGCACUCUCUUCCCAAGCCUGUGACUCCAAGGGAGAUACUCUUGCCAGUCCAAACUCUGAAACUGGGCCUGGAAAAAAGAACUCUGGAGAAGAGGAAAUUGAUUCUUUGCAGAGGAUGGUCCAAGAGCUACGAAAGGAAAUAGAAACACAGAAGCAAAUGUAUGAGGAACAGAUUAAAAACCUUGAGAAGGAAAAUUAUGACGUUUGGGCUAAAGUGGUGAGGCUCAAUGAAGAACUGGAGAAGGAAAAGAAGAAGUCUGCAGCCCUAGAGAUCAGCCUCCGCAACAUGGAGCGCUCCCGGGAGGAUGUUGAGAAGAGGAACAAGGCCUUGGAAGAAGAAGUCAAGGAAUUUGUCAAAUCCAUGAAGGAACCCAAGACCGAGGCUUAAGGGUCCCAGGAAUACUGCAGGGACAGCCCCAGAGAGGCCCAACUCUGGCCCCUUUCUCAGUGCUAUCUGAUGACGGGGAAACAAAAUUACUCUCUGAGAGGGAAAGGACAUUUGAGGGAAACAUCAAAUUUCCCCAUAAAUAAAUGAAUGGAGUUUGCAGGAAGGUGAGGGUGAGCAGAGAUGUGUGUGGACAUCUCUGACCAUCCCAUCCAUCGCUGUAUUCAAAUGGAUUGUUCUAUUCCAUUCUGGUCUCAGGCAUGACCACGUCCAGUGAAGACGUUUGAGGCAGCACAUCUCAGGACCCAGGCAAUAGACUGGCCCCAACUCAGGCUGGACUGAGGUGUGAUUAAUUCUUUGUUUUUUGUGUGGAACAGCUCACCUUGUCAGACAGCCUCAGGGCAUCUCUGAGACACAGGGCCAGAAAAUGACAUUCAUCUUUUGAGUCCUCAUCCAUGGAGUGCUGUGUUUGGGGGGCUGCAUCUGCUGAAGCGAGAACCCCAUUCUGCCACCCCACCAGGAUGCCCAUUCUCCAGGACUUCUCCAACUUACUAUUAGACUAAACCAGAACAAGCAACAAACUGUAUUUAUACAAGCAAAAUUGAUGAGAAAAUUAUAUUCAAAUAAAGCAAAAAUUAAAAAAAAAA